AUGUGCACACCGCCACGCCGGGCCCGGCCGCAAGACCGUACGGCGGAUACGGACGCGAUAGACUGGAAUGUUCCGGCCAUCGACGGACUACUGUCUGAUGUGUUCGGUACAGCUGUCGACUCGGACCCCUCGAUCGAGAGCGGUCUGGCGCUGCACGAAGAGCCUGGCACCCUCGAUGGUCUCAGGCGAGAGGAUGACGGAACGGCAGCCUUCCUGGAGAAGGACGCCGCCACAGGAGCGAAUGGUGUGAUCUCGGAUCUCCGUCGGCAACUGUCAAUCGCGCAAGCCCUCAAUCGGGACCUCCAGGCCCAGCGUCGUGACUUGUGCGAGCCGACGGUCGCUGCACCCUGUAUCGACGAGGUCGAACGCAGGAUGCAUCCGCUGCGAGACCAAUGUGACGGCCUGAAAGCGGAAAACUGCCGACUGAAGCAUCGCAUUGAUCUGCUCCUGGACGACAGAGAACGAACACGAAGCGACCUCACCGACAUGCACAAGAUAUGUGCUCAAAUCAUCAGGUCCAUGACCAAGGUCCUGGACACACGAGAUCACACCAUCCACGAACUAUGCCUAUCCGAAUGCAACUGA